AGCCGGAACGAAUAAUUUGACGGACUGCCAUCUUACGUUCGAAACGUGUGUUUGGAAAGUAACCUCCUUGCCAGCUAUUUGGUUUAAACGGUUAUUUAUUUUAACGUAGGUAGAAUAUUUUGUUUAUGCUGUUUUAUCAUGUGUACGAUAAAAUAAGCUUUCCAGAAGCACCCCGGAGAUCAUUUGAGCUGUCAAAGGGAGAAGAGGCUUCAUCUAUUUGGCGAUUCGUUUGGUUCAGUGAACUGUUGCUCGCUAGUUGACUAGCAAACGGGAAUAAUCAUGAAAAAGAAAUCUACAGAAAAUAGCGAACCCCCCGAGGUACCGGAGUCGACAGAUGGCUAUGUGGUAGGGCAGAUAUGUGGCAGUUUGUUCCCGAAGAAAUGCUCACCUGGCUCCAGUCACUUAGCUGAUCUAUUCAAAACUCAAUCCUCAACGUCCAGUGUGCUGUUUGUGCCUGCGCCAAAGCCGGUUCCAAAGGCCACAGAGGACACGUCGGAGGAUGCUGCUGGAGCCGCAGGUCCGGUGGCUCAGAAACAAAAGAAGGCGCCCAAAAAGCAAAAAUCCGAAGCAGACGAAAAGUUAGAAAACAGGGAAAGCGCCUUGCAGAACGCCGACGAGGAAGAGGAGGGGGCGAAGAAGACCCCGAAGAAGGGCAAGCGGAAGGCCCCGGAACCGGGACGGGAGGGCGAGGGCGGGGGCGGGGGGGAAGAGGGGGCGCCGCCCCAAAAGAAGAAGCCCGUCAACAUGGCGGAGGAGAGGAUAAAGAACAAGAGGACGGUGUUCGUGGGGAACCUACCGGUCAGCUGCACUAGGAAGGCCUUGCAGAUUCUCUUCAAAGAACUCGGCAGCAUCGAAUCCAUUCGCUUCCGCUCUGUGGCACGAGAAGACCCAUCCAUGUCCCUGAAAGUGGCAGCUAUACAGCGAAAGGUCCAUCCGAAACGGCAGAGCAUCAACGCGUACAUCGUGUUCAAGAGCGAGGAAGGGGCGGAGAAGGCUUUACAAAGGAACGGCCUGGAGAUUGAGAAAGGGUUUCACAUCCGGGUCGACAGAGCCUCCAAAUCGGCCUCCCAUGAUCACAAGAGAUCUGUUUUUGUUGGAAAUCUACCUUAUGACGUGAACGAGCUUCCACUCCGGAAUCACUUCGAGGAGUGUGGGAAAGUGGAGGCUGUCCGGCUGGUGAGAGACCGGCGCUCCGGGAUGGGAAAGGGCUUCGGAUACGUCCUGUUUGAGAGCAUGGACGCAGUGCAGCUGGCCUUGAAGCUGGACGGCUCUGAGCUGGACGGCAGGAAGGUCCGUGUGAAACGCUCCGUCAAGAAGGAGAAGGUGAAAAGCGUGAAGAACAGGGCGGCCAAGGGAGCCAAGGGGCCCAGGAAGGGAGACUCAGCAGCAGCAGCAAAGAACUCUGGGAAAGCAAAGGACUCUGGGAAAGCAAAGGACUCUGGGAAAGCGAGUCCGAUGCAGAGGGGGCCGAAGGGGGGGUUGAAAGGGAGGCCGGGGAAGGGGCCCCACGGCAAGGCUCUGUCGGGCCCCGGGCCCCGCAGGCUGGCCAGACCCCACGGCGGGGGCUCCUUUAAGGGGGAGAUGGUCACGCCCGGGGGGGACAAAGCCAAGGGCAAAGGACUAAAGAAGAAGAAACUCAAAGCCAGGAAACGAGAUCAGGCCAUCCAUAUCUGAGGCGUGCCUGUAUGUGUGUGUAACCUGUAAUUAUAAUGAACCCUUUCGCCGUUUUUGAUGGUGGAGCAUUUGAUGGACUCGGAAAUAAAACCUUUUUUUUUGAAAAUAUAAGCGUG